GAGAAUCGAUUAAUAAAGAACUCUUAAUAAAACAUCAAACUUACCAGUCUAACCGAGCGAACUCAAUAUAGUUAAUCUUAUUUACAUCUCAUUUAUACUUUGUUUAACAUUUAUUUGGCUUAUUUUAUCUCAUACUUUUUGUCUCGGGAGCAAUUACACGGCCUGAAGAUAAUCUAACUUACCGCUUUACCUUUCAUUAUUUCCUGCAUCAUCCCGUCUAGAGAUAUCAAACCUAAAUAAAUCGAUUUCGUCUCUUGCGUAUUUGCCAAAUUCCCAAACCUCCUUUUUACACACCCACCAUGGCUCCCCAAUCUCAACUCCCGUCUUCAUUCACAGCACCACCACCCAACGUCCCAGACACCCUAAUAUCCUUCCCGAGCCCACACAUCCUGCUCGUAACGCUCAACCGCCCACAACAGCUCAACGCGAUCCCGCGCCCGCAGCACUUCGCCCUCGAGCGCCUAUGGGACUGGUACGAUGCGGAGCCCUCCCUGCGCUGCGCCGUCAUUACCGGCUCCGGCAGGGCCUUCUGCGCGGGCGCAGACCUGAAGGAAUGGGAUUCUAUCAAUUCUUCCUCUGCGGAUAAGGCGGUGUCGGCGGAGGAGCACGGCCGGCAGAACAAGCGCUUCCCGCUCGGCGGUUUUGGCGGCAUGAGUAACCGCGGCGGGCUCAAGCCUAUCAUCGGCGCUGUUAAUGGCAUUUGCUUCGGCGGCGGCAUGGAGAUGGCGAUUAAUUGCGACUUGGUCAUCGCGGCUGCGUCGGCGAGUUUUAGUCUUCCGGAGGUUACUAUCGGGGUCAUCGCGCUAGCGGGUGCAUUGCCCCGGCUCGUACGUAGCGUAGGCAAGCAGCGGGCUGCGGAGAUGGCACUUAGCGGGAAGAAGUACGGCGCGAAGGAGAUGUUGGCGUGGGGGCUGGUGAACGAAGUCGUGGAGGGCGAUAGCAAAGCCGUGCUGGAGAAGGCGCUAGAAUGGGCGCAGCGUAUCGCGGGGAAUAGUCCCGAUGCGGUUAUCGUGUCACGCGAGGGGUUGAAGUUAGGCUGGGAAGGGGUUGGGCCGGAGCAGGGCACGGAUAUCCUGCUCAAGGGCUGGUUUGGACGUAUAGAGAAGGGGGAGAAUGCGGUUGAGGGCGUGAAGAGCUUCGUUGAGAGGCGGAAGCCGGUUUGGAAGAAUAGUAAGUUGUGAGUAUAAUUGUUGGGUUGAUUUUGUAAGAGUUAGGUACUUAGGGAUUUAGGAUGUUUUAUGUAGCGAUUGUUAGUAGCCCAGAUUUUAGUUUGAAGCCAGAAUGCGACAAUUAUAUUACGUACUGGAGAGUACGAUCUUUUA